GAUCCUCCCAGUCCCCCCCCCUCUGUCACCUCACAGUAGUCGUUGCCAGUAGCGGGUGUGGGGGCGCGAGCAGCGCAGGGCGGCCUCUCCCCCGCCCCUCAGGCCGGGCCCGGGCUCGGUCCCCCGGCUCCCUCCUCUCCCCACCCCCGUCGGGUACGGGAAGGUCCAAGCCGCUGCCGGGUGCCCGAGGGCCAUCGUGGCCGCCGCCACGGGUCCCAAUGGAGCCGCCGAAUCUCUAUCCGGUGAAGCUCUACGUGUACGACCUGUCCAAGGGCUUGGCCCGGCGGCUCAGCCCCAUCAUGCUGGGGAAACAACUGGAAGGCAUCUGGCACACCUCCAUAGUUGUGCACAAGGACGAGUUCUUCUUUGGCAGUGGCGGUAUCUCCAGCUGUCCCCCGGGAGGGACAUUGCUUGGGCCCCCAGAUUCUGUGGUUGAUGUGGGGAGCACAGAAGUUACAGAAGAAAUCUUUCUGGAGUACCUGUCCUCCCUGGGGGAGUCUCUGUUCCGAGGUGAAGCCUAUAACCUCUUUGAACACAACUGUAACACCUUCAGCAACGAAGUGGCACAGUUCCUGACUGGGCGGAAAAUCCCUUCUUACAUCACUGACCUGCCCUCUGAAGUUCUCUCCACGUUUCAUCUGUUUACACUUUGGAGUACUUAUUCCCUUGAACUUGGGGAUGAUUUUCAAAACGGCAGCACCACUGGAGAAAAAGCCUGUGCUUGAGGCCCUUCGGACAGGCACUCCGACCGCUCCUGGACUCCAUCCAGAUCCAGCCUCCUGGAGGGAACGCUGUGGGCAGACCCAAUGGCCAGAGCUAACAGGACUGCACGGGACCGCCCGCCUCUCCAGGGCUUUUCCUUUUUAAACAAAACAAACCCUACCAGAUUUCUAUUUUAUAAUUUUACAUCAGAGCUAACAACCAGGGGACGGCUUUUUAAAAAUCCCAGGGAAGGAGAUCGUCAGGCCGCAUGUAGGACAAUGCUGCUAAGAAACAGAACAAAAUGCCACCCCUUCUAAUAGUAUUAUACUAAUUUAUUAAGGCUGUCUUGUCUGUGAGUUCACUUUUGACGCUGUUUCCUAAGCGUCCUCCACACUGGAGAAACGGAGGGGAUUUGUUUAAGCAAAAAGCAAGAGGCACAGUUUGGAGGAGCCCCAACCUAGAACCUCCUUCCAGAGAAUACCCACACUCCACCCAGGUUGCCACACCUGUGGGACCCAGGUGAGUUUUACAACAUCGUGACCAGAAGCAGUUACUCUCUAGUGGUUCAAGCACCAAAGGAUUUGGUACACUUGGGACCAGUUGCAGGGUGACUAACCCAGCCUAAGUGAACUCUUUAGCUGCAGCUCCCCGAACCUCCCUCCCCUGUCCCAGCCCAUGGGGCCAGGGCUGGAGCAGCUAGAGCCUCAGGAUCACAGGAGAGUGACAGCAAGAAAACAGGAUAAAGCCAUUCCCCCUUCCACCUGGACUGAUUGCAAAAUUUUCUGCCAUCAGUUUUGGAAAACCUGUUUGCUGUCCACCACAGUGCUCUCUCCCUCAGCAUAGCUGACCGACGGUCAUGGCUGAAGGUCCGGGCUUGUGCAACAGAGACCCAAGCCUUCUGUCCGCAAACAAUGAUGAAGGUAAUUUGCAGUCACUUAGAACCACCCACCCAGACCGAUAUGCAGUAUUCAGCUAGGGACCAAGGGGAUAUGAUUCCCUGCUCUAGGAAGAUACCCCUGAUGUAGAAAGAAUAAUGUUGCAGAAUCACGGUGGCAAAAAAUUUAGAAUUGUUUCCAAUAGGAACUUUUACAUUAUCCUAAAUAUGUUUUGAAGGCACAUGUCAUUUCCAUUGUCAUUCUGGCUUUAAGGAGGCCUGGUUGGAGUGUGAGAGGGCAUUUUCCUAAAGACUUGCUGCUAGAAACUCAUGGGCAGGGAACAGUCUGGAAUCCUGGAUCUGGAGAGGCUCUCUGACUUCCUUUCUUUACACAAACCAGUGAGUGAGGAGAAAGGACUCGGCUGCCAGGUGCCUAAGUCGUGGCUCUCCCCCUUGGGUCCCUGCCACUUCUAAACUUGAGUUCAAUUGCUCCUUCCGGGGCAGGCGCCUUUCCUCCCCGAAAAGCUGCUGCUCAUCCCUGGCCCCAUCCCCACCGUCUCUGCCAUUAUCCAUAGCAGUUGGCAUCAUCAGGGUCUCAGCUAGAGGAAAAGAUGUCAUUCUGCCUUAGUAUUUGCUGUGAUCUGACCAGGGCCAUGUCCAGCUGGGAUACCAAGUGACAUUAACUUUAAGAUUAGAGGCCAAAUGAAUGAGCAGUCUCAUUCUUCUCAAAAUCCACUAAACUGCUGGUGGACAUAGAUAAAUUACAGUGGAAACCAACAGGGAUUCUUUAAUAUUGAUUCACUUGUGGAAUUGGCCCAGGAAGAACGGGUGUCCGAAGCUGGGUUUCUUCUGGGCAGGUGGCAGGUUGGUCUCAGCCAUCGCCCUGCCUCCCACCAGUUGGCUCUUCAGCUUGCCUGGCCCAGAACUCCCUCUUCCCAGUUCCUGCUCCAGAGCUGUCUUCUCUAUCUGGAGGGCAGUGGGCUGUUUUCUGCCAUGUCCAGGCUCAACUGGUUUUGCUCCUUGCAGCAAGUCACCCUCAGGCCCAGAGUUAUUCUGAGUGGCUCCCCUGAGGGAAUUUGAGUCAUUUGAUUCCUCAAAAAGUCCCCCCUUCAUGCCCAGCAGCCAUUCGUGCCAAUGUGGGGAGAUGGAGGGGUGAGCAGCCUCCCAGAACUCUGCAGGAGGCAGACUCCCAUCCCCCUCUGCAAGCCCCACUGUCACUCUCUGUGGUAGCCCAGGCCCAGGCUAGGACCCUAGCACCAUCCUCCCCUCUCUCUGUCUAUCCCAGAACCUCAGGGGCAUACUUGUGACCAGCUAACUCCAUGUGGGCAUGUACAGGCAAACAGAAUGGGAAAUGAGUCAUAUCUUUGUGUUACACAGUGGACACCUCUAUAGACGUCCAUUGGUUUUAAAGGGUCAGAGAAGGAAGAGGGAUGAGACCAUUCCCCUCUCCCAGAAAUAAAUCUUGUACCUUCGAGAUUCCUUUAUGCCCUUGAAGUCAAACUAAAAAUUGUGUCUAGUAUGGAGGUGUCUGCUGGUUGACAUUGGUGUUUUUUCUAAUGCAAUAAACAUUUCUGCCUGCU